UUCCAAAGUCCAGGCCCAACUAACACACUUCUCUCUUCUCUUCCUAUAAGGCAUCGACCAGCGCAAACCCUAGCCGACCUCUUCUCCUCGCGCCGCCGCCGCCGGAGCCGUCGCCAUGUCGAAGCGCGGGAGGGGAGGGACGGCGGGGAACAAGUUCCGCAUGUCGCUGGGUCUGCCCGUGGCGGCGACCGUGAACUGCGCGGACAACACGGGCGCCAAGAACCUCUACAUCAUCUCCGUCAAGGGCAUCAAGGGCAGGCUCAACCGCCUGCCGUCCGCCUGCGUCGGCGACAUGGUCAUGGCCACCGUGAAGAAGGGUAAGCCCGACCUCAGGAAGAAGGUCAUGCCCGCCGUCAUCGUCCGCCAGCGCAAGCCGUGGCGCCGCAAGGACGGAGUCUACAUGUACUUCGAAGAUAAUGCUGGAGUCAUCGUGAACCCCAAGGGCGAGAUGAAAGGAUCUGCUAUCACUGGACCUAUUGGCAAGGAGUGUGCUGACCUUUGGCCUAGGAUUGCUAGUGCAGCAAACGCCAUUGUCUGAUAUCAUGGUUGGGGGAUGUUUGAGAGAGUUUCGUUGUGCUCCUUAUUAGGUCCAUUUUAACCUGUUUUGUACUCCGUACCUCAACAUCUGUGAUAAUGUACUUGAUUGAACAUAUGUGGAAAUGUACUUGAGGAGUAAUGUGCUUCAAAGGGAAAAGGCGCACAAUUAAGGGCCAGAACUGUGCACUUAUGUGGUCAGUUAAGUGAUGAGCUGGUGCUAUUAUCGUGC